AUGAGUGAUUCGCGGUAUUCGUAUGAUGAUAAUGGCGAGGUAUGGCCGUAUUUUGCUGCUACUUUACUCGGAGUAGUGCUGGUUCCGAUGACAGGACUGGCGGUUGUUGGCAGUGGAAGCAGCAGUGGAGACCAGCAACAACAGCAGAAAGUUGGAGGAACCAGUGGCAAAAAAGGCGAUUCAAAGACUAAAGAAAAGUCAGAAUUCAAACCUCGUAAUUAUAAACAACUUUCCAAGUUCAGAAGCUCGAGGAAAUCGCUGUUUACUGCGUAUAAUGGAUUGAUUGCAGCCGGCUGGUUAGUCAUGGCAGGACUCGUUUAUAUCAUCAUUCAGCAACGCAUUUUAUCUGCUUCAGACACAUCCAAAGUGACGUUUGAUCCGUAUGAGAUUCUCGGAGUAUCAUAUUCAGCAAGUGAAAAAGAAAUCAAAUCGGUUUACAGAAAACUGUCAGUGAAGCUCCAUCCUGACAAGAUCAAGGCAUCGGAUCUGGCGAACCAGACACGAGAAUUCUUCGAAGCUCGUUAUGUCGACAUCACCAAGGCAUACAAAGCAUUGACUGACGAGACAGUUCGUGACAACUUUCUCAAAUAUGGCCAUCCAGAUGGUCCUCAACAGACGUCUCAUGGUAUAGCAUUGCCUAAAUUCUUGGUCGAAGGUAAGGGCUCACCAAUUGUAAUUGCUCUGUACAGUUCGGUGGUAGGCAUUCUAUUACCUUUGUUAGUCGGAUCAUGGUGGGCUGGUACAGCCAUUUAUACCAAAACAGGAAUCCGACAGACCACUGCUGGCAAGUUUUUCGAGAUCUGUGCCAAGGACCAGCCUCAUUUCAUCACCUAUGACCGAAUCCUCGAGAUUCUCGCUCAAAGUGAAGAACUUGAACUUAUUGGAAAAGCCAACAAAGGAAAACUCGGUGCUUUAAACAGUAAACAAAUCAAACAGGUUUUAGAGGAUUACUUGAAUAGACGUGAGACGAAUGAGAAAGAUAUUGAUGUGGAUACUCAGUUAGAAAUCGUCAGUGUAACACCUCUUCUUUUAGAUGGUCUUCUUGACAUUUCAUCGGCAUUUAAAUCGGCCACUUUGUGUCAACGAGUCAUUGAAGUCAAGCGUUGUAUUGUUCAAGCUGUUCCAUUCAAGGAUCAAUCACACGGUGAAUUUUUACAGAUUCCUGGUGUGCAAUUGGAUACUAAAGCCAAAGACUCGUCAUCAGCUUCUUCUUCCUCUUGGGAGAAAUCAUUAUCAUCGACUGAACUGGAAGCUGCUAGACAGAUUCCUAAAUUGCAUUUCCUGAAUGCAUAUUUCAAGGUUCCUGGUGAGAGCGUGGUGCCUCCUAAUGCGCAAGCACAUCUGAUAAUCAAGUUUGCCGUGACUCCACUUGGCGGGUCAUCAAAACCUCCUAAACCGGAAGAAUUUGAUCCGGUGCUUUUAGAGGAUCCUGUUGACGACGACGAGACAUCGAAAGUGCUGCGAGAGCCAUUACACACGAACGACCUGCCUCCUGUGAUUCCAUAUGCCAGUGCACCAUACUUCCCUGGUGUGUACCGACCAAACUGGUACGGAUUCAUUGUCAACGAAAAAGAUAACAAAAUCAUCGACGGACCAGCCGAGCUGACCCGUCUAUCGUACCAGAACCUGUCACUUUCUGACAAGGACAUUUCGAGCAAGUCCGCCGAUAACAAGCUGGCCGUCGCUACAUUUAAGAUCCAGCUGACCACUGCCACACCUCCAUUCCCCGGCACCUUUUCUUUCAAGCUCAUGCUUCUGUCGAGCGGAUACUUUGGCACCGAUAUCAUUGAAUCUGUAAAAAUGACGGUCGAGAACCCGCCAGCCGUUGCUGAAACCACUGCACAAGACGACGAAGACGAUAUCUCUGAGCCCGAAGAAGACUCUGUCGCCGGAGCGCUCUCUCAAAUGAGAGGAGGUUCAGUCAAAAAGCGCGCUCCCACCUCUUCAUCCACCACCACCGACAAAAACGACGACGACGAAGACGAGUCCUCUGACGACGAAGAAGACCUUACCGACAUCGACACCGACACCGAGGACGAAGAAGACCUCGACGACGAGGACUCGGACGCUAAAAAAAACAAGUAA